UAAUUGAAUUUGCAACGAAAUCACCAAGAGAAACUCAAGCAAAACACACCAUAACCUUAAACUCAUCAAUGAUCACCUCUUAUAAAUUCAAACAAACAAACAUGUUUGCACCACAUCUCAUCUAAACCAAUCAUCACAUACUCAAAAAAUCAGCUCCACCAUGGGUUUUGGAUCCCGCUGCUUCUGCUGUUGCUACUGCACAAUCUACAUGCUCAUGUUCAUGGUCAUGAUUGCCAGCAUCAUCUUCUGGAUAAUAAUCUCCCCCUCAAGUGUCAAAUUCCACAUAACCGAUGCAUCGCUCACGCGCUUCAACCUCACAAGCGACCACAACCUGUAUUACAAUUUCAGGGUCAACAUCACAGUUAGAAACCCCAAUGACAACAUCAUAGUGUACUAUAGGAGGAUCACAGCAAUUGCUUGGUACAAAGAUAAUGACUUUGCUUUUUUCAGUAUAACACCCUUUGACCAAGGCCACAAGAACACCACAUUCCUUGGGCCUGUGGUGUUUGAAGGGCAGAGUGUGAUGAAGCUAGGAUCUAAGCAACUUGCCGAGUACGCGGAAGAGUCACGUAUGGGGAUUUACACUGACUUGGCUGUGGAUUUGGAUCUUCGAAUUAGAGCCAAGUAUGGAAGGUUCAAGAGUAGCCGUUUUAAUCCGCCCGUUGUGCAGUGUCGUCGCUUAAGAGUUCCUUUGAUUAUUUCUAAUGGUAAAUCACCACCUUCUUUCAAUGUCACAAAAUGUAGAACUGGUUAUUUCUUUGCAGAUCGUGAUGCAGAUGCAGGAGCCUGAUCAAUAUAAAUCCUCACACCCCCAAAGAAAUUGAACGUCACAGCUCUUGAUGUACCCAGAAAAAAUCAUCAUGUUUUGGGAUGUUUAUUUCUUUGUGGGAUGGUCGUUUCUGAGAUCCUGUUUGCUAGCUACUUUGGUUAAGCAAAGGUUAUUUGCAAUGUGUUUUUGGAGGUUUUGGCCUUCAGGUGAUCGUUGUUUUUUUUUUUUAUUUCAUGCCUAUUUGAGAGGGAUGUUCUCAACUUUUAUUGUUAUAUCAAUAUGGUAUUUCUGCUUUAAAAAAAAUGAACCACUUCAUUUAAAUGUUCUCAUAAUGGAGUGCCAGUUGUUUUAUUUAAGGAUGAUGGUGUACAUAUGAAUAGCAGCGGACACCCAAGGAAUAUAUUUGUUAGUGGGGUUUUAGCUGCUGCUAGUAUUAGUAGCAGUUAAAAACCGCCACUAACACAUAUGUCCCUUGAAUAUCCAUAGAAUCGAUAUGUAAAGCUAACAUUUAAUUUUCUUUGUUUUAUGAGUUUGUAUUCUAGUUCUUAAUAAGAUGUGGUUCUUGUGCUUGAUUGCUA